GGGGCAACGUCGACGCGCAGUCGCCAGGUGAGGCAACGACGACGACGUGUUCGCUUCGCGACGCUCGGCCGGGGGGACGCACGGCCAGUGCUGCACGAAACACCUUGCGACGUUCGACGGCGCUCCGUCCGACCGUGAGCGAACGUGUCCAACCGACAAGUAAAAAGAGACAGAGAUAGGUAGAGAGAGAAAGAGAGAAGGAGAGGAACGGGGAGAAGGCGACCAGUCUCAAGACCGGGAAUCGAUCCUGUCCGCGGACUCCGGUUUCGCGGAGCGGUCGUGUCCGCGAAGGUGUUGUUAUCUCGGUCGGAGCACUGCCGUCGAUUCAUAACCUCAAACCGCCGUGCCCCGACCACUGUGAUCGCAGAAGGAAGCAUGUCGCGUCUCGCGGAUAAUCGGUGAACAGUCAGUGACGAACGGGGGAUCGAGAGACAGAAAGGGAGGUAGACGCUACGAAAAUCGGUCAGUCCUUCGUUCGUUUACAAAUUCUCGACGCCGGGCGCGGCGAGACAUUGUCGCGAGUGUGAAAGUGCAUCACCGUGCCCCGUGGAAGACGUUCAUCGCGCAGAGAUACACAACAGAAAAAGGAGAUUCAUCGUUGAGGAACUCCUGGUUCAUACGGGAACGAUGCAAACGACGGGAAUGAGGACGGCGGGGGGAGGAGGAGGAGGAGGAGGAGGCUCGUCGACCCACCUGGUCGUCCUUUACGUGGCGACCGCUGGCCUCCAGGGGAACGCGCUCGGCUCCGACGAGGAGGAGAUCACGUUACUCGUCUAUGUACUCAUCGAUGUGCUGCAGAAUAAGGUGCUAGGCAGGCAACAGUACAUCGUGCGACCGAUGGUAAUGGAAGACAGUUGUACACCCGGGACCGGUAGCGACAACCCAGCGGUUGCCGGAAGUAGCGGGAUCAUUAGCGACGCGGCAUUGGCACACGCUCCAGCCUUGACUGAACGAAAUCUUCGGGAGCACGGCAUCUCUCUGCAGCAGGCCAUCGAACAGUUUGAGACCUGGUGGUCGUCCAUGUCCUGCGUCACAUCUGGCGGGACACCUAAAUUCGUGGUGGACGGUCAAGCGCCCAUGAGACAAUGCCUGCAUCCCGAAGCCUGCAACAAGGACAUCGAGCUGCCGGAGCACUACAACCAUUUUUACGACCUGCGAAAGGACUUUGUGGCGUGCUACUCCUCCCAUGGAGAGUUAUCGACUCUCGGAGUGCAAGAGAUGCUUCAAUAUUUCGGACUGCCGCCAGAUACGGACAAUGAUUUUCAUGUCAAAGAGAUACAGGACAUGGUGACUGUGAUACAGAGAAUGAUCAAGGACGGUCACGUUUUUCAAAAUCCAGAAGUAGUUAACAUCGUCUUAGAGCCUGGCAUAUGCUCCAAAGACGAGGAAGUGGAGAAUGACUGUGUAGUGCGAGCGCGUGGUCUCCCUUGGCAAUCCUCAGAUCAAGACAUCGCCAAGUUUUUUCGUGGGCUAAAUGUCGCCAAGGGUGGUGUAGCUCUUUGUUUAAGUCCUAUGGGAAGGCGUAACGGCGAGGCGUUGGUACGGUUUAUUAAUAAAGAACACAGAGACAUGGCGCUGAAGCGGCAUAAACAUCACAUGGGUGCACGAUACAUAGAAGUUUACAAAGCCUCCGGAGAGGACUUUGUUGGCGUUGCUGGUGGUACGAGCGGGGAGGCGCACGCUUUUCUGUCACGCGGGGCUGAAGUCAUCGUUAGAAUGCGGGGCUUGCCGUAUGAUUGUGUUGCUAAACAAGUGCUGGAAUUCUUCCUGUCGGGACAAAAGCCAUGCCACGUGUUGGACGGCGAGGACGGGGUGUUGUUUGUGAAGAAACCCGACGGCAGAGCGACCGGUGACGCUUUCGUUCUGUUUGCCAAGGAGGAGGAUGCUAUGAAGGCAUUGAGUAAACACAGAGACUGCAUCGGCAGUCGGUACAUAGAGCUGUUUCGAAGUACAACCGCGGAAGUGCAACAAGUGCUGAACAGGGCGAUUGAUCCGAAGCAAGUGGUACAACCACCACCGCGUAUCGUGCAACUGCCUUCAAUGAUUCCUCAACAUAUCAUCACAUGCGGCACACGUAAGGAUUGCGUGAGGCUCCGUGGACUACCUUACGAAGCACUGGUGGAGCACAUCCUCGAGUUUAUGGGCGAACAUUCGAAGAAUAUCGUCUUUCAAGGCGUCCAUAUGGUUUACAAUGCCCAAGGUCAACCGUCCGGCGAGGCGUUCAUUCAAAUGGACAGCGAGGCGUCAGCGUACGCGUGCGCGUCGCAGCGGCACCACCGGUACAUGAUCUUCGGCAAGAAGCAGCGUUACAUCGAAGUGUUCCAGUGCAGCGGCGACGAUAUGAGUCUGGUAUUGACAGGUGCGGUAACACCGCCGUCAACCACACCUCUGCCAUCACCCGGUACGUUAACCACACAAGCCCCCGCGACACUGACACAUCCGCCUCCGGCCGCGCCGGUGCCUAUGCCAGUACCGGCCGCGCAGCCGCCGCCGCCACAACUGUGGGACAUUCACACUCUGGUGCAGGCACAAGUAGCCCAGGCGCAGGUCGCCCAGGCGCAAGCGGCCCAAGCCCAGGUGGCCCAGGCACAGGCGGCUAUCAGGAAUCCAGACUUUUGGCUGAUGGCUCUCGCGUCCAACCCGCCUCCUACCUCGACUACCCCCACCCCGGCCGUGACGAGCAAGUCCUUGGCGCUCGCUGCGCCGAGUCCGGCUCAGGCCCAGUUACCCGCUUAUGCGGUGACACCCCCAGCAGCCGCAGUGGCGGCCGCUGCACUUCAUCACCAUCAUGCCGCGGCCGUCGCGCAGCCCGCGACCUCGGCAGCGCCGUUCUUGCUCUUCAAUCCUCUUCCACCUCGCAUUCCUAUCUUGCGGGCGCCGACGCCGCACGGACUGUUGCCGCCUGCUAUUAUGCAAACCGCGCCGCUAAACCACGCCGCGUUGAUGGGCUUGAAGCGAACAUGGGAGAGCGCAUUCCCGACGGACGCGGCCGGUAGCGUCGCGAAGCGCGCUGCGACCUGGCACGCACCGCCAGCGGCGUUUCACGCGGCCGCACCAACCGCGGCGCCGGCCUUGCCUUAUCCUCCGCAAUUUUACCCUCAAAUCUGACACCGUUGAGUCGAGCACCGAGUGUUCUUCUAAGACCCCCGGCGUCCUCGCUUUUCUUCUCAACGCCGGGUUCUACACUUGGACGAAACGAACAUGUCGCGUCCCGCUUCGGAAAGUAACUUUAUUAUUAGCGACUCUUUAUCAUAAUCGGGCAUAUACUAUCAUUCGACUUGUCAGUUCGGUGAUCGUCUCGCCAAUAAUUACAAUAUACGUUACUUUACCGACAGAUUUAUAUAUACAUUUUGGGCGCGAGCUCCACCAACUUUCCGCAACGUUCACGACAUUCCGUUUCAUAUUCCCGACGAGUUUGACGGAACAUUUCUUCGCGAUGUUGCCUGAAGGCAUGUCGCAACGAACUUAGGAGUAACGUUGUCAACUUACAUGUAGUACCUUAACGUUUGGAAACGCUUCGUACAAAUUUGGCCGUUACUUAAGCCCAUAUCAGACUGAGGAUUAGAAAUUGAGGAUCGUGGAUUGAAGAUUCGAUUUCGACGAAUUAAGAAACUUCGGUUUCAGCUUGUUUUUAAGUGAUCAAAUUCUAAUCUUCAAUGCGCAAUCCUCAGUUUCCAAUCUAUAGUUUGAUACAGGCAUUACGCAUGGCUAGCAACGGUACUUAACGCGUGAUUCGCGAAACGACUUAAUCUUCCUUUGUUUAAAUAUAUAGGCAGCGUACAUAACUCCGAUAAGUAUGUUAAGUUUGAUUGUAGGAUAUAUACAAUUUUAUAUAUAUAUAUAUAUAUAUAUAGCGUGUUUACACGCUUUUCUUUAAUAAUCAUACAUUUUUUUCUUUUGGUUGGGAUAUCUGCGUCUCCGUAUAUCGGAUCAUGUUGUGCAGAAACAGACAUUCGUUCGUCAUGUGAACGCAAUCAAGUGCCUUCCCUGAAAAGUGACAUACGCCCAACAUCCGGUGCGGUUUUCCAAAGUGUACACACGCGUGUACACUCAAGAUCUGUUUGUUUUCAAGAAACCUCUGAACUAAAUGCAAUAAGUUAGAAUGAAAGAAAGUAUCACUCCAACUUAUUGCACUGGUGCAGAAGUUUUUCGAACAGACCUUCAGUUGCGAAACAGUUUUCACACUUUCUUUUCUAAUAAAGUUGCAGCGAUCAAGAUUGUCAUAAUUGCAACCCACUAUUGACCAAUUUACGCAGCGAUUAGCAGCUAUGUCUUUUGUUAGUAACUGAUUAUUGCGCAAGUUCAUCAGCGGUGUCUCGCAAUUGUGACAAUGGCUGCGUUCAGCAUAGAAAACUGUUUUGUAACUGUUGUAAAAUUCGUGAAUCUAAUUGGUAUAUUGUUAUUAGUUUCUAUCAAAAUUAAUUAAUACCCCAAUCAGAUUCACGAAUUUUACAACAGUUGCAAAGCAGCUUUCUUUACUGAAUGCAACCAAUCUUGAGCGCUACAACUUUAUUGGGAAGAAAGUGUAAAAACCGUUUCGUAGCCGAGACGAGCGCCGAGACACGUUUCUCUGCAUGUACACAGAAGAGUCUUCAAACUGUCGUGGUGAAUAUUCAUGAAUAUUCAUGAUGUUUCCGGAUUUCGUUUGAAGGUUAGGGUAUUUUCAGUUGACGCAAAUUCACAUCCUUCGGGUACACUUCAACACGGGUCCAUCAUUUUCGAUAUAUCGGACGUUGAAGCGUCACAUUGAACGGCUAUUCAAUUUCCUUCUGCAUGUGUGCGAUCCUUUCGCAAGGACGAUCGUUUGAAAGUGCUGUUAAGGUUCGCGUGUCUGCAGACGCUCGUGACUUCGAUGUUUGGUGUGUCGUUGAGGGUGUAUCCGCGGUGAGAAGUACGCAACCAGAGUGUUCGCUAUUCCGGAAAGUGGUUGUCGGUGUGGCCGGAGAAAAGCAGUCAUUUCUAUACACUCACAUAUAUAUACAUAUAUACAUACAAAAAAACACAUAUAUUUAUAUAAGAAUGAUUUAUAUACAUAUAUCUAUAUAUUUUGAUAGUAAUAUUUUUAUUAGUGAUAAGUGACAUUCCAUCCAACGUUUUAUAUAUAUAUAUAUAUAUAUAUAUAUAUAUAUAUAUAUAUAUACACAUACACAUUCUGAAGUUCUAUCUCAGAGGUAUGAUAGAUUCUUUAUACACACGUGGCAUCUAUUUACUUCGCGCAUGUAUGUUACAAUCUACGUGUAAAUCAAGUCUCUUCGUAGAUUGCUCCCGGAUGAGCUCCCAACGAGCGCGUCUGCAACCGGUUUCUUCGUGGAUCCGUCGAUCCUCUUUUCCUCAUGGAUUGUGACAUACAAGCUUCAAUUGAAAUUAAAAGAUUAAUAUACGUGGUAUAAGUAGGAAACAGAGAGAGGAUUCGUUGGAGCAACUGGUCGUGCCUUGCAAAGAAAGACGUAUACAUACGCAUAUAUACACGUAUUACACUCACACACAUGUACGCCAAUGUACCAAGAGCGAUAGCACGUACAACGACAGGGACGCGCUGUCCAAUGUGCGAUGGACAUUACGUUAUUUUCUUAUCUCUUGGUGACAACGACUGUGUGUAUUAACCCGAUUGGGAGUUUGGAUAUUGCGAGGAUAAAUCGGGGGCAGAAAGGAUAGAGGGAGCAAAGAAAGCGGAGGCAAACGCCGACUUUGUUGUAUACACUCUUACGGCUUGUGAUUUAACUAUGGUGUCGGCGGUGUUCAAUCUCUCCAAGCUGGCUUACAGCCUAAUACUUUGUGAUAGUGUAGUACGACGAGGAUCGUCAUUGAGACGGAUAGAGAGUGGUGUUUGUUGUUACUAUCUGUGAAUCGAGCGUCGGCUUCACCAGGGGUGGUUUCCUCCGCUGAUUCCGUUUCGUAGACGACUGUUGUAUCUCGCACUGCCAUGUCAAUAACAAGCUUCCACUAUCUCCACUUUCAGUGUAGCCUUCCGUAAUAGCCGUGUGUGCGAUGUAGCGUGCGAACGCUCGCAGAAGCUGAGAAAGAGAACUGAGGCGAAGAAGGAGAUCCUCUCUCGUGAAGUUGAUCUUGAUUCUGUCGCGCGCGUGUCGCGAAGUGCUGUUUCGAUAAAACUUCACUUCCUCUUGCCACGUUUUUUUAGAACACGCAUACAACACACUCGUACACAUACACAUUAGAAUAAUAUUAGAAUAAUGGGAUAGUUGUAGACACACAUACACACACACACACAUACUUGUGCGCGCGAGAUGGUCGUCAUUACACACUUCGAAAAUAUAAUGUCCAAGGGUAUACAUCAAACAACUGGUUGCAUGUCAUGUUGGUUUGUGAGGGAAUGCGCAUACCCAAUGAACAUCAACUAACAGUAACAUUACAUCAAUGUUGUAAUUUCUGCUGGACUUGUAUAAUCUCGAAAAACCAACAUCGUAAAAUUUGAGAAGUAUGAUAUGACACUUCCUGAUGAGACGACGUCCCGAAGACUGGACAUCAAGAGAAUAUAAUACGAUUUACGAUUUUCCUGAAAUACUGAAAGCAUGAAGAUUCCUACAAAGUUGUAUAACAAGUUAUUGACAACUUGUUGCUUUCAACAUUUCGGGAGAUUGUCUCUGUACAUUGAGAGAAAAUUAUAGUUGCUUUCGGCAACUAUACUCUUUUGUGAUUUUAGCCACAAAAAUAGUUAGAAAAAUCAUUGUUUUAGUAAGUGCUAUUAGAAAGAUGGUUCUUCUAAUUAUUUUUGUUAAAAUUACAAAAAAGUAUAGUUGACGCCGAAAGCAACUAUCAUUUUCUCUCAGUGUACUCAGUCUGCGGGAUUUUGUAACUUUCCGGGACGUCGUCCCGCUUUUAGAGUUCCGGCACUUUUCUAUUCGGGAUUAUACACGUCCACCUGAUUUCAACAGUGUAACUGUUAUGUACGACGUGUGUUAUAUUACACUUGCAUUGUUGAGCAGGAAAUUGCAACAUUGAUGUUUAUUGUUGGCUGAUGUACCGGGUAUUUAUAUAUAGUAUCGAAUUACCGUGAUAUACACUUACCUCCGUCUUACCUGUCGUUUCGCGAAUGAUGACUGCAUAACGGGGGUCUGAUCUAUCUUUCCUGUUCUCACGUGAGAGAUUACCACGUAUAUAUAAUAUAUCAUAGUUUGUAACUUCUCCAGCCACCUCGGACGUUGUCUCCUCUUUUUGGGAGGUUGUUGCUCAACAUUCCUCCUGUUUCCCGACGCGCUGUAACGCGGCCUCGCGAACGCAAGUGUCUUUCUCACUGUCUGUCUCUCCCAUGUCCUGUUUCUUUUUCCUCAUGCGCGCGAUCCCUACAAUUAUCUCUCACACACGGGACCACUUUUUCGCACAGGACGCAGUAGCAUUAUCGCAUAGAGGAGUCGGAGAGUAGCAGUACCCUGGUGUAAUCACCCUUUUUAGUUCUAUUUCCGUUAUAGCAGCUGCAAGUAAAAGUAUCUAUCAUAAUUGGACGUAUUCGAUCCGGUUUCUGGUAUUAAUUAACGUAACGUGCUCGAGAUAUGGUGUGUUACCUCGAGGGAUAACCGAGGGUCGUUUGCGUAGGAAGGCCGAGCACAAUUUACGCAAGUAAAUAAUCGUUCUUUUAAUCGCAGGACGCUAACUGCGAAACUACCGGCGACAUACAAGCGCGUUGAAAAAGUGAGAAAGAGAGACAGAGAGGAGAGGACGAGAUCGCUUCACGGUAAUUCGUCGAUAAUUAGCGUCCUGGGAUUAAGCGUUCAGGGGCGUGCUUUUCUGACAUCCUUGAGAUAUCGUGGAAUCAGGAUCGCACAUUCCGAUUCGGCUUUACAUAGCAUUAAUCGAUACCACAUAGAGAUAGAUUACGGAGGUGAAGCGAUGCGAAGUGGAUCGCAGCGCAAAAUGAACGGUCGCGUAACAUGCAAAGUUUCAGAGAUCUCGAGGCUGCAUACAAUAGAUGAGACAGCAGGACCUCGUCCACUGAACACCGCUUUCGCAUCGUUUCCGUCGGGGUUGCAUUUAGGAGUGUCUUUUUUUUAGUACAAGUGUAUGUCGCGCGGAAGCGUAGAGAUGUGUCCUUCGAGUGCAAGCUCAGUCAGUCAAAAUGAGAUCCAUCGUCUCUUUAUUUUUUCGUCGACUUUCUUGGAAGUGGAAACUCGAAUGGAGAGAAAUUAUAUCUUACAUUCUUUUAUUUUUAUAUGUACACACAGAUCUGUGUGUGUGUAUAUAUAUAUAUUUUUUUUUUCUGUUUAAAUUGUAGGAGCACUCGACACGCAUGCGGCAUACAUGUGUUUAUUAUCCAUGCAUACGUUCACAUAAACACAUACACACACACACACACACACACACACAAUUUACACACUACGUCGGUAUAAACCUCUUUUUUUUUUAAUCUCCUGUAUACACACUCUCUGUAUCUCGACGAUUUUUUAUAUCAACGAUGAGAAGGAUCAUGUUUAAUAAAUGUGCCUUGUGGACAUAUAUAUCUUUUUGCUUGCCGGGUUGGUGGACUCUUACCCUGAUUAUAUUACCUCGCACGGUGGUUGCGCUCUUCGCGUCUUAUCUGCUUCUCCGGCUUUCUUUGUUUUCCUUCGCAAUCGCACGUGCAUUUGCACUCCUCGCGUCUGUUUAUUUUUAUUUUAUUUUUUUUUUUCGUAGUGGUUUCGUAGUUUUUGUAUCAGGUGAUUAACAGCCGAGGGAACGCGACUUCUAGCGUACUGGUUGGCGGAGGAACUGCGUCGCGAAGAUCGCAACCAUCGUAUCUUGUUACGUUCUAUACAUUUUUUUUCAUUGGGGUCACAGGUAUCUUUGGUAUCUACAGAUCAAGUUGGAGAUUUCUGUGUCGUAACUCUUAUUAGCUCUCUCUUUCUCUUGCUCGUUCUGUUUAUUGUUGUUUUUCUCCUGUUGCUCCUUCUCUCCUUCUCUCGCGCAAAGGUUCUCUCUCUUUCUCUCUUUGUCUUUCCUUCCUCUCUGUCCGUUUCUAUCUUUGUACGUGGAUUCCUUCCAGUCACCAGUCGGAAGACUAAUCUUUAGGUGUGUCUUCUCUUCCUGUUUGUCCGUGUCUCUCUCUCAGAAGUAUCGAUUAUCGAUGAGCUUUAUCAGCCGGCUUCACAGCCGCUGAGAGGUUCUCGAGUUACUCUGAGCCUAACGGUACCGGAAGUCAUCCCUCAAUGUGGCAAGUGUCUAUGAACCAUUGCUUUUUGCUAUGCCGAUCGUCCCAGCGGCCUAGAGACUAACGGUAGUCUAGCGUAUCUUUACUUCUCUUCCGUAUCGUGUCACGUUUCUCCUCUGAAUCCCUACAAACGAUCCACAAGUCCACGUUGAAUCGCGCGGAACGUAUGGCCUGUUAUUCGUAUUAUGUCCCCGCUUAUCAGAACAUUUGUUUUAAGAAACUACUACUUUGAAAUACUUUUAUUUGCACACUCGCGAUUCAAAUGUUCACAAAAUGCUAUCAGAAACUUUACAUACUGAGAAAAAAAUAUCUGAAAAAUAUUUAUUCCAAGGGUAUUACUAACAUGUCCACUUAAUUCUAAAUUCUUUUGUUUAAAUAGAAUAAAUCAUCGCUUUCGUGAAAAGUAACGGUGUGUGUGUGUGUGUGUGUGUGUGUGUGUGUGUGUGUGUGUGUGUGUGUGUGUGUGUGUGUG